UAUAAAAACAAUGCAAGAGGAAGGAACUGAACUUUCAGAGGUAUUUACAAUCCAGAAGUAUGCUAGAAAUCAGAAAGAUUUCAAAUCAAAUAUGGUAAGGUCAAGAGAAUACAGGAAGCGUAGAAAAGAGUAUAUCACCAAACUAGAGCAAGCUAAUAAGAAGCUCUCUGAUGAAAAUAUUAUCUUAAAAUAAGGAAAAUGAAGAGCUUAAGAAAUUGGUCCAGAAACUACCUCCUCCAUCUCACCAAGAGAACGAUAUCAAAUCUCGGAUAGACAAAAAUGAGCAUUUUGCUUAUUAUAAGAUCCCGAAGAUGAUGAGUGAGGAUCCAGACAGAGUCAGGCUCACCCAGAUAGCAAUGGCAUGUAACGAUAAUAGCGAGUGGAACCCAGAUAGAAUUACUAUAAUUAAAAAGGCCUUCAGAGAUAUCAUCCAUUAUUUACUUUCUAAGGACAACAAAUGCUUCGUAGCAGCCUGUAAGAAUUCGAAGAUGAGCCAAUGCAUUAAGAAAUUUGGCAAGAAGAGAACAAUUAAGGGGAAAAUGAAGGAUGUGGAAGGAGGAGAGUCAAAAGAACUCGGCUGAAGUGCUAAUUUAGGAUAUCUCCCGAGUUUUUCAGAUUCGUUAGUUGAGUAUUUGAAAGCUAAUGGAACGGAGUAUUGGAAAACUACGAAAGCUAAUAAGAACUUAGUAAGAAAAUUGAUCACUGUGAGGAACGAGAUCUUACAAAAUAUAUUGAAGAAAGGAAAGUUCUUUGAAGAAUCGAAUAUUAGUCAGGCAUUAGUAAAGGAAGAUUUUGCUUCAAUUUGAGAGCUGGUUGGGAGACUAGAUGGUACAAAAUAUCUUUCUCCUCAUUAUUUAUGGGAGCUCCCGGUAAGAGAUCCUGACUCUGAUGAAUACAAUGGGUAUGAGCUUUCUGAAUAGUGACUUUAAGCUCUUUGCUCUAUUAAACUUUAGGAAUUUUAGAAUAAUUAUAUAGUUCGCAAU